UGGCAUCAGUCCUAGCAGAAAAACUGCAAAGAAGAAGAGCUCUCGUAAAUAUAGAUUUUUCUUUUUUGUAUUAUUGGUUGUUCCUGGAUUCUGACCAUGUCCGAAGCCCACAUGGAAGCGCCACCCUCGGUGCGCCUCACCAACGAUGACUUCCGCAAGCUGCUGGCCACGCCACGUGCCCCGCCUCCUGGUUCCAGCACAGGCAGCGCAGGAGGUUCUUUGGCCACAGCUACCUUUGGCACGCCCUCGGCGCCGGGAGACAAGAAGAAAACCCAAAGCAGCAGCGAGCGCAACGACCUGAGGCGGAAGAAGAAGAACUUCUAUGCCGCCCUCAAGAAGCAGGAGGAUGUCAAGCUGCUGGAGCUGUCGGAGAAGUACAGGGAUCGCGCCCGCGAGCGUCGUGACAAUGCCAAUCCGGACUACACGACCGCGAGCACACCCGGCCAUGGAGGGAGUACCAAUGCCUACCGUGCCGUGGCCCCGGACAUGAAGUCGGGCAUCGAUGCCGCCGAGCGGAGGCGCCGCAUCAUCCAGGAGUCCAAGUUCUUGGGCGGUGACAUACAGCACACUCACUUGGUGAAGGGUCUCGACUACGCGCUGCUGCAGAAAGUGCGCUCCGAGCUGCACUCUAAAGAAACCGAAGAGGAGGAAAUCGCCGCCGCCCUGGCCAGGGAGAAGCUGGCUGAGGCGGCCGCAGCCGCCGAGCAACUGGAGGCGGAGCGCAGGGAGUCGGAGGACAUAAACGCCAUCAAUGGCUCGUUGGCGCGCAACAUCUACAAUCUCGUACAGGCGCGUCGCUCCAAGGAGGUGCCGCGUAACGAGCUCUUCGCUCCCGGCCGUAUGGCCUACGUCAUCGAUCUGGACGACGAGCUGGGCGAGACUGAUAUACCCACAACGCUGAAGCGAUCCAAGUUCGAGGUGCCGGCGUCGCGGGAGGACAUUGCCACGCUCACCACGAACGACAUUGUCAUCAACAAGCUGUCCCAGAUUCUGAGCUAUCUGCGGGCCGGCGGUCGCAACAAGAAGAAUAAGAAGCGCGAUAAGGACAAGCCCCUCUUCUAUGAGAAGGAAAUGGAGAGUGUGCGCACCCAACCGGGUGCCAGCAGCAGUGCUGGUGCUAACCCAAAGGGAGGCAAGCCCGCUGCUCCCCAGGGAGACAGCAUCUACGACGAUGUGGGUGACUAUCAGCCGACAGGCAAGUCGCGCGGCGAUCGACUCGCACGCCCUGGCGGUCCAGACACAGCCAGCAAGCCUGCUCCCGGACAGAACUCGUACUUUGGCGAUGCCCCGCCGGAGACGGUGGAACCGGUCAUCACAAGUAUACCGCCACCCCCGAAGAUAUCCAAGGCCAUGGCCUCGCGAUUCGCCAACGAACCCGAAGGCUAUGCCGAGUGCUAUCCGGGCCUGGAGGAGAUGAACGACGCCAUCGACGAUUCGGACGAUGAGGUGGACUACACCAAGAUGGAUCUGGGCAACAAGAAGGGCCCCAUCGGACGCUGGGACUUUGACACGCAGGAGGAGUACUCCGAUUACAUGAGCACCAAGGAGGCCUUGCCCAAGGCCGCCUUCCAGUAUGGCGUUAAGAUGCAGGAUGGCCGCAAGACGCGCAAAAACAAGACGGAAAAGAACGAGAAGGCUGAACUGGAUCGGGAGUGGCAGAAGAUUCAGACCAUCAUACAAAAGCGUAAGACGCCCAAAGACCGUGAUGGCGGUGGUGGUGGCCGUGACGCUGGCGAUGAACCCGAAUACAAAUCGGCCAAGUACUAGGGCAUACAUGUAUAUUGCUAUUAGUUCUUGAAACAUUAUUCUAUAUUUGUAAUUUAAUGCUGUAAAACUUUAAAGUUAAAU